CUUAGUAUAAAUAGUGUAGAUCAUUCACUGUGGAUUAACUCUGCCCUGAGAUAGGUAAACAGAAGUUAAGAAUCGAGCGCCAAUAUAGGGGAAGCGUGUCGUGUUACUCACUAAAUCUAGAGAGCAGUUUGUUUUCCUUUCAACUUAAUAAUUGAUGCCAAUGACCGAAGGAAAAAUGAGCUUAGAGAAGCUUCUCACCAAUAUUGAAGCACAGCUUCAAGGGGACACCUGCAAUGUUGAAGCUGUUGGAGAAUUGAUCCACAAUUACAAAAGUAACAAAGUUGACUGGGAGAAGUAUGCUUUCUCCAACCCUGCUGAAGGGUACAGCAGAAAUUUAGUUGUGGAAAAACCUGGCCAAUUCAAUGCCUUGAUUCUGUGCUGGCAACCUGGCAAAGGAAGCAAGAUCCAUGCCCACGAAGGAUCAAACUGUUUCUUAAAGGUUCUUCAGGGGGAACUGAGGGAGGAGAUGUUUGCUUGGCCAACUAAAGUAGGUCAGAUGAUACCGAGAGAAGAAAAGAUUUAUACCGAUGGGGAUCUUAACUUAAUGACUGAUGAUAAAGGUUUGCACCGUGUUACCAACAACAACAAAAGCGAAAUGACCAUCUCUCUUCACAUUUACUUACCUCCCUUCAGGCACUGCUCCUGGUUUGAGGAGGAGACAGGACAGGAAGUACGUGCAGAAAUGACCUUCACAUCAAUUGAAGGAAAGCGAACGGAAGUAAAAGGACGUUACAAUCCAUUGGCUGGAACCUCCACCGAGCAGCAGCUUUCUAUCAUGUUUACUGAUGUCAGCAAAUGUUGUCCUGAGAAGUGUGGUAACCCAAAGUGUGCUAAACAGUGUGAAGACACUUGUUGUCCUAAGAAAUGUGAUCGCCCAAAGUGUGCUAAACAGUGUGAAGACACUUGUUGUCCUAAGAAAUGCGAUGGCCCCAAGUGUGCUAAACAGUGUGAAGACACGUGUUGUCCUAAAAUGUGCGAUGGCCCAAAAUGUGCUAAACAGUGUGAAGACUCAUGUUGCCCUGAGAAGUGCGGUGAUGGCCCAAAGUGUGCUAAACAGUGUGAAGACACGUGUUGUCCUAAAAAGUGCGAUGGCCCAAAAUGUGCUAAACUGUGUGAAGACUCAUGUUGCCCUGAGAAGUGCGGUGAUGGCCCAAAGUGUGCUAAACUGUGUGAAGAAUCAUGUUGUCCUGAGAAGUGCGAUGAUUGCCCAAAGUGUGCUAAACAUUGUGAAGACACGUGUUGUCCUGAGAAAUGCGAUGGCCCAAAGUGUGCUAAACAGUGUGAAGACACAUGUUUUCCUAAAAAGUGCGAUGGCCCAAAAUGUGCUAAACAGUGUGAAGACUCAUGUUGCCCUGAGAAGUGCGGUGAUGGCCCAAAGUGUGCUAAACAGUGUGAAGACACGUGUUGUCCUAAAAAGUGCGAUGGCCCAAAAUGUGCUAAACUGUGUGAAGACUCAUGUUGCCCUGAGAAGUGCGGUGAUAGCCCAAAGUGUGCUAAACAGUGUAAAGACACGUGUUGUCCUAAAAAAUGCGAUGGCCCAAAAUGUGCUAAACUGUGUGAAGACUCAUGUUGCCCUGAGAAGUGCGGUGAUGGCCCAAAGUGUGCUAAACAUUGUGAAGACUCAUGUUGUCCUGAGAAGUGCGAUGAUGGCCCAAAGUGUGCUAAACAUUGUGAAGACACGUGUUGUCCUGAGAAAUGCGAUGGCCCGAAGUGUGCUAAACAGUGUGAAGACACAUGUUGUCCUAAAAAGUGCGAUGGCCCAAAAUGUGCUAAACAGUGUGAAGACUCAUGUUGCACUGAGAAGUGCGGUGAUGGCCCAAAGUGUGCUAAACAGUGUGAAGACACAUGUUGUCCUAAAAAGUGCGAUGGCCCAAAAUGUGCUAAACUGUGUGAAGACUCAUGUUGCCCUGAGAAGUGCGGUGAUGGCCCAAAGUGUGCUAAACAUUGUGAAGACACGUGUUGUCCUGAGAAAUGCGAUGGCCCAAAGUGUGCUAAACAUUGUGAAGACUCAUGUUGUCCUGAGAAGUGCGAUGAUGGCCCAAAAUGUGCUAAACUGUGUGAAGACUCAUGUUGCCCUGAGAAGUGCGGUGAUGGCCCAAAGUGUGCUAAACAUUUUGAAGACUCGUGUUGUCCUGAGAAGUGCGAUGAUGGCCCAAAGUGUGCUAAACAGUGUGAAAACUCAUGUUGUACUGAGAAGUGCGAUGAUGGCCCAAAGUGUGCUAAACAUUGUGAAGACACGUGUUGUCCUGAGAAAUGCGAUGGCCCAAAGUGUGCUAAACAGUGUGAAGACACAUGUUGUCCUAAAAAGUGCGAUGGCCCAAAAUGUGUUAAACAGUGUGAAGACUCAUGUUGCCCUGAGAAGUGCGGUGAUGGCCCAAAGUGUGCUAAACAGUGUGAAGACACGUGUUGUCCUAAAAAGUGCGAUGGCCCAAAAUGUGCUAAACUGUGUGAAGACUCAUGUUGCCAUGAGAAGUGCAUUGAUGGCCCAAAGUGUGCUAAACAUUUUGAAGACUCGUGUUGUCCUGAGAAGUGCGAUGAUGGCCUAAAGGGUGCUAAACAGUGUGAAGACACGUGUUGUCACGAGAAGUGCGGUGACGGCCCAAAGUGUGCUAAACAUUGUGAAGACUCAUGUUGCCCUGAGAAGUGCGAUGGUCCAAAGUGUGCUAAACAGUGUGAAGACUCAUGUUGUCCUGAGAAGCAUUGUGGCUAAAAAUGAGCUAAACUGUGUCUCACCAAACGUUGUACUGAUCUUUGUGUGUGCAAACGCUUAAAGUCCCAUUUAUUAUUCAUAUUCUUAAAGAUCAUAUUGGCUUUUAUAUUUUUUAACCUAUACUGACUUUCAAUUAAAUUAUUUGCUUUUUAAACUUUUAUAAUUUUUGUAUUAAAAAUUACAAAUAAAUAUACUUUUUU